AUGGACGAACUGGAAAAGGACGCGACAAAUGCCAACGGUAUAAAACGUCAGUGUCUGGAUGAUCGAAAUACUAUCGACCACCGAAUCGCCCACUGGGUGAAGGAGGGCUCUUGGCCAAAAGAAGACCCUGUACAGGAAGUACAAGGGCAGGGAGACAACACGAACCGGCACCGGCUUGAACGUGUGCGCGCAAGGCCAAGGUCGACUAGCCGCAAACGAUCCGAGCCGGGUGCUUCCACGUCGUCCAUAGCGGCGAGCGAGCCUAAGUCGAGAGACGAGAAGAGCGCGCCAUACAGAGACGUUCGCUAUGAGUUCAAUCUUGAGAAAGUGGGAGUAUUAAUGAAGGACUCUGAACAAGGCAUAACCCAGAAAAGCCGUGAACUCUGCAAAAAGCUGCUCGAGCAAAAGCAGCUACCACCAAUAGAUUCGCUCUUCCGCGAUGAUUUAUUCGACGAGACGUGUCGGGACCUGCAGACAAGGAACGAGGCAAGAGUACUUCGUGACAUUGGUAUGUUGCUGGUUCCAUCGGCAGAGACGCUAAGAACACUCGGAGACAAAUCGCUUGGCAGCUUGAUCGAGAGCGUUAAUGAGAGCUGGAGCAACUGCAUCCCUCUUGACGCCACUCGACUCACUCCCGCUCGGCCACGGCCGGACUAUUCUCUCGGGUUCAGACGCGAGGCUUUUACAGAGGAGCAAUUACAAAGACUGGAACCAUUCAUUGGCGAUGUCUUCUCCCAGUCAUACUUUGCGGCUACAUACCGAAUGUAUUUCCCGUUCUUCGCUAGCGAGGCCAAGUGUGGGCGAGAAGGACUCGACGUCGCCGACCGACAGAAUGCCCAUAGCAUGGCAAUUGCGGUAACAGCCGUCGUGGAGCUUUUCAAGGCAGUUGGGCGCGAAAAGGAACUCGAUGGCGAGAUCCUUGUCUUUUCAGUCUCUCACGAUAAUGAAUCGGUCAGGAUUUAUGGGUGGUAUCCGGCCGUCAGUGUAUCCAAAACCACAAUGCAUCGGCACACGAUUCGCAAGUUUAACUUUACCGAGCUCGACGGCCGAGAUAAGUGGGCAACAGACACUUUUACCAAGAAUGUCUAUCGGGUGUAUAUGCCCGGCUUUCUGGACCUGAUUCAAUCUGCUGUAGAUCAAUUGCCGCAUGAGUCGGCAUGA